AUGGUGUUGGAUGUCGAGCUAACAAAGAAGACAGGCAGUGAUUUGAAUUCAGACAAUCUCCUCAAGGAAUGGGAGAAGAAGAAGGAGGAGCGUCCAGUAACCAAAAAUUUGGCAAAUUCAAGGAGCAUUGUAGCCAGGGACCCAUCAGAACCACAGUUGAAGCUCAUUGCACAUAGAGGGAAAUUAGAGAUUGAACAAGGGAUAAUUGGAGUUGAUUCCGAUGGAACAGAGUUUUGUGAUUUACUACUGGAAACGUUCCGGAACUUAAAUGCCUCAUCACAGAUCGAGUUUUAUGAUUUACUAUUGGAAACAUUCCGGAACUUACAUGCCUCAUCACUGCUCGUUGAUAAAAGGGCUAUUGUUGCAGAGAUGCUUUAA